GAAAAUCUCCCUUCAGGCACUCAAACGCAGAUUAGAGAUAAUGUGGGGAAAGAGAGGAAGUUUGGAGGUGAUAGACUUGUGCAACGAAUAUUUUCUGGUAAGAUUCUUUAACUCGGAGGACCUGGAUUAUGCUCUUAUGGAAGGACCCUGAAAGAUACUAGAUCAUUAUCUCACCAUACAACCCUGGAAACUAGAUUUUAACCCCCAAAUUGCAUCAACUGAUAAGAUUGCUGCGUGGAUUCGUUUACCAGGGUUGGCUAUUGAGUAUUAUAACAAAACUAUUCUAGGAAAAAUUGGUAACCUGAUAGGAAGAACCUUAAAGGUGGAUACUAAUACAGCAGAAGUAGCAAGAGACAAGUUUGCAAGAAUUUGCGUUGAAGUAGAGAUGGACAAGCCACUGGUCUCAAACUACAUGAUUAAUGGUGUCAAACACUUAGUGGAGUACGAAGAGAUACACCAAGUGUGUUUUCAAUGUGGUCGUAUCGGCCAUGAGAAAGCAGGAUACCCAGAAAGAACAAAAUUAAAUUCUGCAAAUGAAGAGAAUAGAACAAAAAAGGGAGGAGAAACACAAGGAAGCACUGAGGUUGAAGAUAGGGGUAGAGCUGGAAAUCUAGUUGAGAGUAAGGGCAAGAAAGUAAUUAACACUACGGAGGAAAACUUUGGUCCUUGGAUGCUGGUUCAGAGGCAAACACGUGGAAGAAGGACCAACAAAGGCGCUGAAACAGGGGAUAGUGGAGCAAUAACGAAAGAAAAAGGAAAGGAGGUAGUUGAAGUGGGAGGACAAUCACGUUUUGCAAUUCUGAGCAAUGAGGAUAACAUGGAGGCACAAAAUGGGAAUGAAGAAAUUGAUGUACGAAAAGAAGGUUCUAAGGACAAUGACAAAGAAAAAGCAAGGGAGCGGCACUACCAAACGUCACCAAAAAGCCAAAACCAAAGCCCUGCCAAGACAACCUUAAAUAGUAAGAUCCCUUCAUGUCCUAGUACUCUGAAUUUGUAACCAAGAUCUAACCCAUCCCAAAACCAGAACAGCCCAAGAACCCAAAAAGAAAAAGAAACAAAUAUGCAACCCCCACAAAAGGCAAAUAAAACUAGCCCAAAACAUACCUCCCACACCCCGAUCCAACAAACCAUAACUCCAAACACUUUUCAAACACAUGUAGCUCAACAUUUUCAAGAAAACUGGGCCAUCUCUAGUCCAAGAAGCACCCAAAAUAGCACCCAAGAUAUUCCCCCAUCAAUCUUGGAGAUGGAGGAGGACAAACCUCCAGACCCCAUGGGAGUAUAUGAUAGACAGGAUAUGGAAAUUAGAUCGGGCAACUCAAAUGAACUUGUUGCAGCCAUACUCAAUGUGAAAAAUGAAGUGAUCCAGGAAGUAGCCCAAGGCGAGAUGGAACCUCCCAAGAAUGUGGAGGAUGUACAAAUGAUGAUUGGGGCUUAGACCCACCUUUCGAUCUAUGGAGUUGAUCAUUUCAGGUAUUUUCUGGCUAAAAUUGAGGGACUUGAGCAAAAAUCUUAUUCAGAGGCUAAAG